CAAGAAUUUAUGGAUAGAGAUUUUGAUUCUGAAUCGAAUUUUGAAGAAAGACUUAUUGAAGAUGAGGAGCGUAAUGAUUAGAGAUACUAUUCAACACAAUUGCUACUUUCAAUUUAAGGAUUAGGUACAUUUACUAAAGUUGACAAUAUGAAUGUAUAUGCAAAAGGAGAAAAAGCUGAAGGAGCUCUUAAACACCUUUGUUAAUAAUGCAAAAAAGAUAUACCUGAUAAACCUAUUGCAAGAAUUUACUUGGCCAAAUAUAGAGUGUUUUAAUUAAACUUAAUCAAUCUAUUAACAUGUUACCCUCAAGAUAAAGUUUUAUCCUACUAUGUUGUAAUUCUAAUGGAAUAAUUAACAAAUAUUGAUAAAUCAGGAAUUAAAUUAUAAACUCCAAAUGCUCCUUAGAUGUUGGAUACUCUUCAGGAAUAUAAACUUUAUUUUUUAAAACCUAUUGUAUUAUAAACAUUAGUCACUCAUUUUGCUGAAUGCAUUUAAAUUGAAUAAGAUUGUAGAACAAAAGUACAUAAUGACAUGAUAGAAUUAAUUGUGUUAUUAUUUAAGAAUUUACUUUCAAUUCCUGAUGUAGAAGAAACAAAAAUUGGACUUGAAAGUGGUAAAGAAGUAAAAAGAAAUCUACAAAGAAAUUUUAUUUAUUGUAUGAUCAAGGAAUCGGUUCUAUCUGCUUUUAUUUAUAUAUCGCAAGAUUUCAAGUCAUCAAUUAUGCAAAGAAUUACUCUUGCUCUUAUGGAAAUUUUCUAUUACGCAUUAACACCUUUUGAUCCAGAAUGGUUAUUAAGAGAUUCAGAAUAAGAGAAAGAACUUAUUUAAAAACAAGCUUAAUAAUAUAGAAUAUAAAAAUAAUAACAUCUUAGUACAAUACCAACUAGACAUUCAAGAUUUCCUGGAUUAUUUGUUACUAAAAGAGUUCUAUCUCAAUCUGGAUAAAUAAGUAGUUAACCAUUUCAUUAGCAUUAAGUUAACAAAUUAGCAAAUCAAAGAUAAAAACCAUAAGUUAGAGCAUUGAUUUCAAAAUAAAAAACUAUAUUCGUAAAACCUUUAACUAUUGAUUUAUAUGAUCCAGAAAAAGAGAAAAAUUUUAAAGAAGAAUUAAGAUAUUCCACAAUUGAUUUUUUAAUUCACUGUUUUAGUAAAUUAGUUGAUCAAGCUUUUAUUGAAAUGAAUAAAGAUAUUAUUGAUUCUGAUGAUAAAGUCCAUUAUUUUGUUUUGAUUUCACACUUUUUAAAAUUUAUUAGAUUUUAUUGUAAAUAAAAUAAGGAAGAUAAUUAAGGAUAAUUAUCAUCUGAAUUUGUCUCUGUUUAAGCAGCUUUACAGAUUACUUAAUUUAAUUUCAUUUACAGUAAUUUAAUUAAUGAAAGCACAUAACUUAGAAAGAAGAAUUUCAAUUAUAGAAUUUUCUUUGCAGUGAUAAAUGUUCUAUUUGAAUUUCUAAUGAUUGUGAGAGAAUUAUCACUUUCAGUCUACUAAACAGAUAGAAGAAAUAGUUAGAUUCUAUUAUAAACUAUUGUUACUUAGGAUAUAGCCAAGGCUAUAUUAAUAGGAUUUGGGUAUUGUUAAUUUGGGUUGUUUAAUGAUUAAAUGUUAUCAACAUUAGUAAAAUUGACAGCAUUGUAUUAUGAUCUUUUAGAAUUAUAUACUCAAGGAAAAAGUUGGUCCAUUAGAACAAAUAAAUUAUUAAAGAAGAAAAUCAAGAAGUAAUAAAAUAAAGCGAAGAAUGGAAGAAGAAAACAGAAUGAGCAAUAAAAUGAAGAAGACAAUUCAUUUAUUGAAAAAGGGCCAGAUGAUGAAAAUUCAAUAAGAGAUGAAGAUAAUGAGGAGGAAAAUGAAGAAGAAGAUGAAGAUAAUGAAACUGAAGAUGAUGAGGAUUAACCUAUUUAUAAAGAAAGAAGAUGUAAUAUAGUAUCAGAAUUUGCAACCGUUGUUGACUACAAAGUUUUAGAAAAAUAUUUCUAUUUAAUAAAAGAUGAGUAAAAUUAUUAUGAUUAUUCUUAUUAGCAAAUUAUUAAGAAACACAUCAGAAUUAAAUAUAGCCAUUUAUAAAUUUUUUAAAAGAAUUGUUGAUACUUUAAAAGCUGAUUGGAUCUUCUUUUAACUGGAUUUUCUUUACAUUAUAAAUUAAAUUAUUUAAAAUAAAUAACUUACAGUAAUUAUGUUUAUAAAUCUUAGUAUAAAAGCGAGUUUUUAAAUUUGAUUUAAUUAUUUCGAAGAAUUGGGAUUAGCUUUGUCUAAUUAUUUAAAGUUAAUCGAUUAUUAAGUGUAGAAAUCCUUUUUAGGUUUAAGGAUCUUGCAACUAAAGAUUCUAUUUUAAAGAAUUAUUAGGAUUCAGUCGCAGAAGAUGAUAUGAAUUAAGGGAAUUAUUAAUUAGAAGAACCAAAAAAGAAGGUUAUUUGGACUUAGAAAGAAGAUAAGAUUUUAAUUGAAAAUUAUGAAAAAUAUUAAAAUUGUGAAUCACCAGAAGAAUAAUUAAGUCUUUUACUCAGUUAAAAUGGAUUCACAAUUAAAUCGCCAGCAGAAAUAAGAAAAAGAAUUAGAAAAUUUAGAUUGGAAGAUGGAAAUGAAAGGGCUAUAGAAUUGUAUCAAUAAUAAUAUGAAAUGAUCUCUAUGAAGAAGGUCGAAAUUAUGGCUAAGAGUAUAAAGAGUUUAUUACAAGAAGUUGGAGAGGAAAGCUUAAAUUAAUUUUUUAAUAAUUUGUUUUCAACACUUUAGAAUUAUGUUGAAUACAGAGGAUCUGAGUAAUAAUAAUUUAUUAUUUAAGAUCCAUAGAAAUGCCAAUUCCACCCUUAGAUAAGUUAUAAUUCGAGUUUUUUGAAAAAGGAUCUGUAUAAGCAAUAUUUCUAGGUUUAGAUUUAAAACCUCCAUCUUAAGGUGAAAUCUAUUGGAGAUUACAAACACAUACAUUUAGUGCAGAAAUUCAUGAAAUGAGAAGUUUACUUACAAAAUAUCUUGAAAAAGCUAAGAAGAUUGAUGAUGAUUAAAUUAUUGAAGAAUUUCAACCACUAUAAAUUACUUCAUAAAAGAAAUAAUCUAAAUCAAAAAAUUAGAUUACUGAAAAUUUGCCAUCUUAUGUUGAACACAGUAAUGAGGAUAAAAAUGAAAUAAAAUAGCACGGAUCAGAUAAGAAGGAAUCAGAAAAAAAAAUUAAUUCAAAGAAAAAAUAAAAAUAAUUAGACUCAGAAGAAGAAAGAGAAAUUUAUUAAAAAUAUAUGGAAUAAUAAGCUUUAAAUGAAUAAAUUUAGAGAGAUGCAGAAAAUAAUAGUAAAGAUAAUUAUGAUGAUAUUUUUGAUUGA